AUGUAUUCACCAGUGGCACUCUUUGUAUGGGAUUGCUUGUUCUGUUUGCUCCCGUCACUGUUACUUUUGCUGCUGUCUCUGGCUCUCCGCUGGCCCAGAGUGCGCUGUUGGACGAAGCUGGCUGUCAGGGCUGCAGGCUGGAGACUCUGGGUCAUUAUCUGCCUGAUCCUGGAGCUGCCACUAGACAGAAAUACAAGAACAUGGACCGAGGAGGCCGGAUCACCAGGGACAGAUAUUUUAUCUGGAUCAGGCCAGACGUCAGAUGGACCCAGGCUGAUUUGCAAACCCACUGCUCUGGCCAAAUAUCUGCUGCGGCACUGUGGCUCUCUGGCCAGGCCAAGACUGGCCACCUGGCCCAGAGGCGACCCCCACCUCCAGACUCUGUCCAGCCUGCUGUGUGGACAACAUGGAGACACGUUGCAGUUCUCUAGAGACCAUCUGUUACUGAGGGAUGGAGGAAAUAUAGCUCUGGACUGGGCUGUGGGGACAAGACUGGGUGAGGCGGUCGGGAGGAAGAGGUGGGAGGGGAGGAAGGAGCAUCAGUCAGGAGGAAAAGCUUUGGGCUGCUUCACCUCAACACCUCCUGUCCUCAUCCUCAUCCCGCAGUCUUGGGGAGGGAUGACACCUCACCUGAAAGCGCUGUGCCAUUUAGCCAUGCGUCAAGGCUUCUAUGUGGUGGUGUUUCACCCUCGAGGCACAGCAGGGUGCCCGAUGACCACAGCACGCCUGACUGAGUUUGGAGACCCAGCUGAUCUUGAGCAGGCGGUUGCUUAUGUCCACAGCUGCCACCCGUCCUCUGCGCUGGUCACAGUGAGUGAGGGUUCAGGUUCAGGGAUUCUUCUUUCCUACUUGGGAGAGUGUGGAUCAAGUUCAUACCUGACAGCGGCUGCAGCCAUCUCACCUGUACUCCUGGGCCAGCUGUGGUUUGAAACAGCUAUGCCUCCUGUUUAUCGCUCGGGGGUGCUCUUUCACCGGAAACUGCAGUUAAGUAGAUAUGGCAGUUCCUUCAGAGCAGUGCUGGAUGUGGAUCGAGCCCUCAGCUGUUCCUCCCUCAGAAACUUUGAGGAAACUCUUUUCUGCUCUUCAGCCCAGCAUCAGCAGAGAGCCCCGAGACCUCCAAUAAGCUCUCUAAACUCUGGGCUGAGCUCAGGAUCCUCUUCCUCACGGGGCCUGGCACCCUCAGUGGCCUGGGGACUGGGCGAGAGAGCUUCCCCUGCCAAGGACUGGGACAGCUACUGGGAGAGGAAUGAACCACUCAGAGAUGCAGAUGAGGUGGCAGUGCCUGUGCUCUGCAUCUGCAGCUGCGAUGACCCUCUCCUCCCACCUGUGUCCACCGUGCCCCUUCCGCUUUUCCAGAGCAACCCUUAUUUCCUUCUGGUGUUGACAGACAGAGGAGGGCACUGUGGGUUCAAUCUGGAGGGCCAUGAAGAGAGCGACGGAAGGAGGACUGGGAAUGAGGAGGUAGAGGAAGGUAACUGGAGUCACAUCGCAGUUCUGGAGUACUUCAGGGUAAUGGCUGAUUUCCUGAAAGGGGAAGAGAAGGAUGGUCCUGCAGGAGAAUACAGUCACACCGGGCAGAGGAACAGGACCAGCAACAUGGCUCCACCUCGCAGAAGGAGAACCACCAUGAUGAGAAGACAAAGAUCUCAUGCGCCUGAACAGAGCAGUGUGGAAGUAGAGGAAGGGAACUUCACCUGGAAGAGGUCAUAUACACGCUAA